CUGGCCAUCCUCCAUAACAUAUCCAUCCAUCCCCUUAUCCUCUCAAUGCCUACCGCCUAAAUUAACGACGCCCACACACUCACCAAACUCCCUAUUUUCCCAGUUGCUUGCGAUGCCACUGCUUCACACUCUUUCCAUCAUCCCACCUCCCUCUCCCUCCUCCUCCUCCUCCUCUAUCGCCACCUUAAACCCUAAUCCCCAUCCUCCCUCCCACUUCAUCAAGUUCCGUACAUCCUACCGCGAAAACCUCCGGUACCUCAAAACCCUGCGCAUCAUCUCCCCCGAAACCAGCCCCAAAAAGCUCCCCCUCCCCGACGCCACCGACCAAAUCCUCGCAACCGUAGGUUUCCUCAAGUCGAAGGGCUUUACGGACUCCGACUUCCCAAGACUGGCCUUCCUCUCCCCUAAGCUCUUCUCCCCCUCCCUCGAUCCAACUGACAUUGCCCCCGUCUUUGAUUUCCUGGCUUCUGAUCUCUCCGCUGACCCUGCGUUUUCCUGCGGCCUCAUCCUUCGCUGCCCCGACCUCCUAUUUGCGGAUGUCGAGUUCUGCCUCCGCCCAACACUGCAUUAUCUUGAACAGUUGGGGAUUGACAAGCCCAAGUCACCGUCGAAUCUGAAUGCACAUUUGCUGAACACUAGGGUGGAAAAGCUCAAGAAGAAGAUGAGGUUCUUGAGGAGUUUAGGGCUUUCGUACGAGGAGGCGGCCAAUGUGUGUGCGAGGCUGCCAGCGAUUUUCGGGUACAGUGUGGAGGAUAACUUGCGGCCCAAGUAUGAAUAUUUGGUGAAGGAUAUGGGAAGGAGCGUGGAGGAGUUGAAGAAGUUUCCGCAGUAUUUUGGAUUCAGUUUGGAGAAGAGAAUUGUCCCCAGGCAUUUGCAUUUGAAAGAAAGGAAUGUCGAGAUUCCGUUGAAUAGGAUGCUAUUGUGGAGUGACCAAAAGUUUUAUACAAAGUGGAAAUAAUCAAAUCGAUGAAUGGUAUGUAAGCCAGUUUGUUAAAAGAUUUGAGUAGAAACAUAAGUUUAA